AUGGUGACCUUACACAUCAAACUACUUCCUCUACUUUUCAUCCUUUCCAACUCAGUUUGGUCCACAACUUCAAGUUCAGCUGCAGAAAGCUUUCUUCAAUGUUUUACCUCCCACAUACAGCAAUAUAACUCUAGCAAAGUCAUUAUCACCAAACACAGUUCCGCUUAUUUCUCAGUCGUGCAAUCUUCCAUACAAAACCUCAGAUUCUUGACCAGUUCAACAUCAAAACCAGAAGCUAUCAUUACUCCCUUUCAUGACUCUCAUGUUCAAGCAGCUGUAAUUUGCUCCAAGAAAAAGGGCAUACUAAUCAGAACCCGAAGCGGAGGCCAUGACUACGAGGGCCAAUCUUAUGUAGCCAGAGCUCCUUUUGUCAUCAUUGAUCUUUUCAAUCUUCGAUCUAUCGAUGUUGAUAUAGAAAAUGAGAGUGCUUGGGUUGAAUCCGGUGCUACUCUUGGAGAGUUGUAUUACAGAAUUGCAGAAAAAACUGACAAUGUCCUUGAUGCUAAAAUUGUCGACGUUAAUGGCAGAAUUCUUGACAGAAAAUCCAUGGGAGAAGAACUCUUUUGGGCUAUUAGAGGAGGGGGAGGCUCAAGCUUUGGAGUGAUUCUGGCGUGGAAACUUAGACUGGUUCCUGUUCCUCCAUCUGUUACAGUUUUCAGAUUUUCAAAGACCGCAGAACAAGGUGCAACCAAAAUUUUUUCUAAAUGGCAAAACAUUGCGGAUAAGCUUCAUGAAGACCUUUUCCUACAUACAGUCAUAGGUGUUGGAAAUAAAGCUGGCACAAAUGGUGGAAAAACUAUUGUAAUUGAAUUCGGUUCAUUGUUUCUUGGGCCGGUGGACAAACUUCUCCUUUUGAUGCAGGACAAUUUUCCAGAGUUAAGUGUUGACCGCAGCGAUUGCACUGAAAUGAGUUGGAUUGAGUCUGUUCUUUACUUUGAUUACAUCCCAAGAAACGAAUCAGAAGCUUUGCUCAGUAGGACUAUAAAAUCUAAGAGCUUCUUCAAAGCGAAAUCAGACUACGUGACCCAACCUAUUUCAGAAGCUGGCUUGAAAGGUUUAUGGCAAACACUAGUUGAAGUGGGGGCUUACCUGAUAUUGACACCUUAUGGUGGAAAAAUGAGUGAGAUUUCCAAUUCAGAAAUUCCUUUCCCACACAGAAGUGGAAAUCUAUUCAAAAUCCAGUAUAUGGUCACUUGGGAUGAUUACAGGGAAACUGAGAAAUAUAUUGGCUUGAUGAGAAAGCUGUAUGACUACAUGGCACCAUAUGUUUCAAAGUUCCCAAGAGCUGCCUAUUUGAAUUAUAAGGAUCUUGACUUGGGGAGGAACAAGGAUGUUCAUACAAGCUAUGCAGAAGCAAGCAUCUGGGGUUUGAAGUAUUUCAAGAACAACUUUAGGAGACUUGUUCAUGUUAAGAGCUUAGUUGAUCCUGGUAAUUUCUUCAGGGAUGAACAAAGCAUCCCAGUGUGCCUAUCUAGGAAGAACUAG